AUGUGGAAACUUUUGGCCCUAUCAUAACCAAAUCGAGCUGGUCCUUCGCUGAUGUUGAAUUCCGUCUUUCUCGGAAUUAGUUCCAGUGAUAUAUUUAUUGAUGACCUGGACACUCCUUUUUCCCACGAAACCGUAGCUCUCCAGAAACGACGAAAGGCUCUGCGACAGCGUCUUCUCUUGCGCUCUCAACAACUUCUCGCUGAUUCCUCCAGUCAAAAUUCGCCGCUGGUAGAGAGACUUGAGAUUGAUAUCAAAAGCCAGGGACUAGCAUUCGGGAAAAUCCACUCGAGUCUCGUGGGUGGUCGUGAGAAUUGCUUCUUCAUCAAAAUGCCGACAGGAACCACUCGCAUUUUUGCAUCGGCUUCUCAUGAUGAACGCAAAUGUUGGCUCACCAGGUGGGUCCCCAUGUUAAACACCACUUAA